GACUUGUGGAUGGAUAAAUCCACAAACUUUUGUCACAUGGAGGCGCCAUAGUCCAUUGUCCUCUGCUUUCUAUCGACAACUAGUGCUAACAAGAUGAGUCCUUAUCAUGCCACACCUUCUGCGGGUGUAGUUUCAAAGUUUAGUUUGGCAGGAAGUUUGGAUUUGCCUUCCUUUACCACUCUUGACUAGACUUUUGUUUGGCAGCAAGUCACGCUUUACCUUCCUUUACCACUAUUUACCAGUAUUGACCAGACUUUUGUUUGGCAGGAAGUCUCGCUUUACCUUCCUUCAGAGAUUCAGAGACUUGUUGAAAUGCCUCUUCCCCACUAAAGUUAUAGGACACAACUCUGCAUCCUGAAGACCUGAACCGAGAGGUUCAGUGAUUUUUAGAGCCUGAAACACACUGCUGUGUUUGGAGUUAUGGAGUAGGGAGAAAGAAGCUGAUCCGAGCUCAAAUUCAAGGCCCAAUUCGAAGCAUCCAAUCCAAUUCCAUCAAUUCUAUUCCUCGGCCCCUUCGGAUGCCAAUGGUUUGAAUUUUGGUUGCCAAGGAAAUUUCAUGGUGCCUUCCUUUCCACCUUCCUUGCUGUCUCCAAGGGUUGUUACAUGUCUCAUUCAUACUAUUAAUCCAGAGAAAACAUCUGACACUACAUUUAUUGGGCUUAUAAGCAUGAAGUAGGAAGAUUUGAACUGGAGCUAAGCUGCACCUCCUGCGUUCUCCAACUCUUGCAACCUGAGCACCAAAUGCUCCCUAGUUUCAACGGCACAGGGCAGCCCAGCAACUUGUUUGUGAAUAAGUGGGAUUGCACAAGGUAGCUGAUCGGAGCUUGAAUUCUAGGGAUUUGUCAUGCAAUAGAGCCUUUCAAUUAUGAGUGGAAUGGAGGCUGCUUUAGCAUUUGGACUGUCAAAGGUUGUAGGAAACAAGCUAGUUUCACUGGUAUCGAGUGAGUUUGCUGCCAUAACUGGUGUGGAAAAAGAUCUCUCUGAGCUCCAGAGUCUACACGCAGAUAUUACGAGUUGGCUGUCUAUGCUUCAUGACAGAGCAAUGGAGAGUGACCCAUCGCUUCGAUGGUUGAUAAAAUUGAGAAAUCUUCUUAAUGACAUGUAUGAUUUACUUGAUGAAGUAUACCUUCAAGAUGAGAAACAGAGGGUAGAUAGAGACCAUGGCAAGCAUGCUAUAGCUGUCUGGUUUUGUGGGAAACCGAAGUUGCUUCUGUUUCGAUGGAAGGUGGCCCAUAAAAUCAAAGCAAUCAAGGUGGAAUUUGAUGCAAUUGUGAACCAAAAAAGUGAUGCCAAUACUAUACUACAUAAUUUACAUUUGGAUCAACUAAUACAAAGCAAAAAUAAGAUAACUAGGGAGCCGUCCUUAUUGAGUAAUAAUAAAGAGUCAAAAAUACCAUCAAGGGAUCAUGUGAAGAGUGAAAUCAUAUUAGAGCUUGUGGCAUCUAAAAAAGGAGAAGCUGGUCGUAUAGUUUCUAUUGUUGGGCUUGGUGGAUCUGGCAAAACUACGUUAGCCCAACAAAUCUGCCAUGACGACAAGAUAAAAGGGCACUUCAAAGGUAGAAUAUUCUGGAUCCAUGUGUCGCAAGAAUUUUGCAGGGACAAACUUAUAGGCAAGCUAUUUGAAGCUAUCAUUGGGCAGAAGUCAGAUCAUCACGCUCAACAACACAUGGUCCGUGUGAUUUCAAACAAAUUGAGUGGUAAUAAGUUUCUUCUUGUCUUGGAUGAUGCUUGGCAUGAGGACAGGCAUGACUGGGAAAAUUUCAUGGUGCUCUUAGACAAUGGUGCACCGGGAAGCAAGAUUCUUCUAACUACCCGGAAUCAAAGUGUUCUGGAAGCAGUGGAAUCUAAGGCUAUAUUCAAAUUGGCAUACUUAUCAGUGGAUGAGAGCUGGAGCUUCUUUCUAAAGACUUGUGGAUGGGUAGAGGAAGAUUUGAGCUAUGCUUUUAUUCCAGUAGGAAAAGAUAUUGUCAAGAAGUGUGGUGGGGUGCCACUAGCAAUAAAAACACUCGGAUCUGUACUCUGGGAAAGAAGGGGCAUAAAUACUUGGAGGGCCAUAAGAGAGAGUAAUUUAUGGGAUGAAGAGAAUAUAGAAGCUCGUGUUUUCACAUCCUUGAAACUAAGCUAUAUUUACUUGAAAGAUCAUCUGAAGCAGUGCUUUACAUUUUGCUCUAUAUUCCCCAAAGGUUGUAAAAUCAACAAACACUACUUGAUUGAACAAUGGAUGGCCCAUGGGUUCAUCAAGUUGAAGAAGGAAGAGCUAGCACAUGAUAUUGGAAACGAAUACUUUGAUUCCCUUAUGAGAGCUGGUUUUCUACAGGAUCGAGUUGAAACUUUGCCACAGAGAAGUGUAUCUUGCAAGAUGCAUGACCUAAUUCAUGAUCUUACUCACUAUAUUUUACAGAAUGAAGUGGUGACGUCUCAACCGAAGAAUAUGACAGAUUCUUCACAAAAUUGCAGAUAUUUAUCUUUGACAUCUUGCAGUGGGAAUGUUGAAAGGGCUCUAUUUUACAAGGUCCGUGCUGUACAUGUCUCUGGAGGUAACCCAUCAUUUGAUAAUCUUGUUAAGAAGAGUUUCUAUGUCUGCAGUGUUGUUCUAGACUAUGCAGUUGAUACUCCGUUUCCAUUAUUUGUAUUGAAGUUAGAAUAUCUUGCAUAUCUUGAAAUACAUCAUGUUAGCUGCCCAAAACUUCCAGAAGCUAUAUCUGUCUGUUGGAACUUGCAGUCACUUCAUUUUAUUAGUUGCAAAGGUUGUGACAUUACCUGAGUCUAUUGGAAAACUUAAGAAGCUCCAAACUCUAGAGUUUAAUUAUAUUACUGAUCUCGAGACUUUGCCUCAGUCCAUUGGUAACUGCCAAGAUCUUCAGUCCUUGCAACUAAAUUACUGUGAAAAGCUCAGAAAGAUACCAAGU